UUUUCGGGCCCAUGUUCUCAGGAAAAAGCACCGAGCUGAUGAGACGGGUCCGUCGCUUCCAGAUCGCCCAGUACAAGUGCCUGGUCAUCAAAUAUGCCAAAGACACUCGCUACAGCAACAACUUCUCCACACAUGACCGGAACACCAUGGAGGCUCUGCCUGCCUGCCAGCUCCGGGAUGUGGCCCAGGAAGCCCUGGGUGUGGCUGUCAUAGGCAUCGACGAAGGGCAGUUUUUCCCCGACAUUGUGGAGUUCUGCGAGACCAUGGCCAAUGCCGGGAAGACAGUGAUCGUGGCUGCACUGGACGGGACCUUCCAGAGAAAGGCUUUCGGAGCUGUCCUGCACCUGGUGCCCCUGGCCGAGAGCGUGGUGAAGCUGACCGCGGUGUGCAUGGAAUGCUUCCGGGAAGCCGCCUACACCAAGAGGCUGGGCACGGAGAAAGAGGUCGAGGUGAUCGGUGGAGCAGACAAGUACCACUCUGUGUGUCGCCUCUGCUACUUCAAGAAGUCCUCGGGGCAGCCCGGCGGGCUCGACAAGGAGAACUGCCCAGUGCUGGGGAAGCCGGGGGAGGCCGCUGCAUCCAGGAAGCUCUUUGCCCCUCAGCAGGUCCUGCAGUGCAACCCCGCCCACUGA